ACGACCUUUUUUCGAAGGGAGGUCACUCUCAUAAGAAAAACAAACAUUUCCUGGUUGUUGGAAGAAAUAAAAGAUGAGCAGGAUAUAUGACAACAAACCCCUGCAUAAUUUGCCUGUGAUCAGUGUCAACACGCCAAACAAAUGGGAUCCAAAGAAAUACUCAAGUGGUGAUGGCGUUAUUCUUGAGGGUGUCAUUAAAGGGAGGAGUCGUUUUAGUGUUACAGAUAAUUCCCAUACAAAGGUAGGGAGGAGUCGUUUUAGUGUUACAGAUAAUUCCCAUACAAAGUUCCGCUACUACAUUCUUCAUAUUGAGGUACUGAGAGCGCACAAAAGACAGUUUGAGAGUAAUGGUCAUGAAGUUGAGCCAAAUUUUAGUGAGACUCACAAAGUGAGAACUGGCUACCUUAAUUCAUCGUACAAGGUUGAACCAAAAGGUCAAUCAGAUAAACUUAGCACUGCUCAGGUCAAGGACAUUGUGUGUCACCAUGUCCUUCUUGACAUGACAUCUCCAAGACUACCUGGAGGCUGUUCAGACUGUCUGUCAUUAUGGUUAGAAGAGAAUGAGACAGAGAAAAUAGAACUAGAGGAGGGGGACACGGUCCGAGUCAAAACAUCAGGAAAUGGACCAUUUAUUUACAGCAUUACAAGGAUGGAAGCUGAAGCCAGGACAAAGAGGAACUUUGCAGGAGGGGAGAAUGUGGGUAGCUCCUGGACAGACAAAAUUAUGGGGAUGAAAUCAUCACAGCCCACCGAUACCAGCCAGGCAGAGGGAGUAGAUGAGGAUGAAUGGGAUGAUUAAACAAUUGUGACAAAAUCAAAAGGUCUUCCCUAAAGAUUCCAUUAAUCUUACGGAGCCAAAGAAACAAAGCAACAGCCACUGCCAUGAAGGAGUUCAAUAUACACAGAACAAAUGUAUAUACUGAACAAUGGGAAUGUUCAUUGUUAUUUUUUUUUAUUAUGCCCAAGCUAGAAAUUCAGGGGUAAAUUGUCUUUGUACAUGUAUUGUCAGAAAAUCUUUUGCUCUGUAGUUCUGCUAUUAAACAGAGAAGUAAGGUAUAUCAUUACUCAGAUUCUGAGCUAUCCUUUGUUCUAUUGAAACACAUUCUUUAAAAAUUGUGUCCUUCAACAACAUGUACAUGUAAUGUCAAUUAUAUCUUUUGUACCAUUGGUACUUUAGAGUUGAAAACUUGUAUGUUUAGUUGGUUUUGUUUGUACAUGUAUAUGACAUUUUGUAAUGUACAAUCAAUUUGAAUCAAAGCUUGCUUACGACUCAAAAAAAGUUUUGAUGUAAACCUAAGGUCAUUUUAGCAAGUUCAAUGUCAGAGACAAUUUUUAAAAAAAAAAUGUUAUCCAGUUUAUUACUUUCUGAUGAAAAUAUUGAAAAUUCAUACCUGACCUAAAAAUUACUUAAAACCUGAGAGUGUGUCAUGACUUUAACCCAAUUUUAUUUGGUCCAAGUUCAAGAUCACUUUUAAAUAUUUGAUUUCUGUUUUGUAAUGGAGAAACAUUAAAAGCUCAUUCUUGACAGUCCACAGUUUCUCUUUAUCUUGAUACAAUGUCAUUUGGACAGGUUCAAGAUCACUGGAAGAAAAAUUUUAUAACAUAUCCUUUCUUUAACUCAUUGUUCAAAAUUGUACAUUCUGAAUUUUUUGUUAUUAAAAAUAGCCAUUUUGGGGCAUAUAUUUAUCAAACACAUCUUGUUUAUAUUGUAUAAUUCUUGACAAGUAAAAUUGACUUAAGCAAAA